AUGUCUGUUGAUCAGACCAAUAAAUCACAAAGCGAGGCUAUAGCCAGGAAACAAACAGCAAAGCUCACUCAAGUGCUAAUAAAUUUCUUUACCAAAGCAGCACAAGUAAUACUAGAUUCAAGAGCCUGCUCUGAAUCGCAAACAUUUAGCCAGUCACCAUUUGGUGGAACUAGUGAUCAACAAAGCCAGAGAAUCAACAAAUGGUUUAAUCUUCAUAUGCUGUCUGCAUCAGGUGCAGCUAAGGAAGAUUUGAAGUUGUGGAAGACGGCCGAUGUGGGAUCGAUUCCACCGAUGAUUAUUGAAACCUAUCUUGACUUGAGACAAUUGCCUGCAAAUCAAACAUUGGUACUAUUUGAUGAGAAAAAACACCCGUGGACUGUUUCAAGCCCCAAUGGCAAAAAGCAAGAAGUUGUGUUGGAGCGUUGGCUUAUUGAAUUUGACCAGAAUGUACCCAGCCAAGCUGCUGACGAAUUACCUUCAAUUUACAAACAAGCAAUCAUCUUGUUUAGAACUAUAUACGGCUAUUCAAGGUUGAUGCCGGCGUAUAAAUUGAAAAAGAAAAACAUGAACAAGCUAUUCCUAGGCAAUAAGAUCCUUGAUGGUAACCAACCGAUUAGCUCUAAAGGAAGAAUUGGCUUGUCAAAGCCCAUCAUCAGCAAUAGUCAAUCAAGCUUGCCACAAUCUCAUACAACACAGAAGAACUUUGCCCCAAUUAAUACCAGCAUGGGCUUAUUAAAGAUUUCAAUAGCAUACAGAAACCACUAUGACUUUUGCCUACACGAGCAUGAGGAGGUUUUAUCAGCACAUUUUGGGAAACACGACGAGGAUGCUAGGAAGUUGAUGUCUCUUUCACCUUCGUCGUCGUCAUUGACCUCAUCCAAGAAUGAAAGCCCGCUGUUUAGCAAAGAGCAGUCAACAUCUCCGGCAAAGGCCAUAGUGCGAGAUCCAUAUAAAGUUGGUUCGCGUGAAAUUUCACCUACUCCCGGGCCAAUCAACGCCGGAGGGCAACCAGGGCAAGCUAGUACAGGGCAAAACAUUGCAUCAUCCUUGGAAAGAAAAGUUUCAAUAACCAGCAACAAAUCAAUAUCAAAUGCUUCUUUGGCUGCAUUUUUGAGAAAUCCAAGAAGCAGCACCCCAUCAACAAAUGCAGUUCCAAUCAUGGGCAGCAACCACAACCCGUAUGGUACAUCGAUUCCAAAGUCGGUAAGCUCAUCCACCGGUCAUGACGAUGGGUUAUUUCCCCACCCUGACAGUAGCAACAAUACGCCACGGUUUUCCUCCUCGUUUGGAUCUCGCGCCAGUCGUAGAUUCAGCAAUACCAGUGUUCGUCAACAAACUCCACUGUCUGAUUACUUUGGUCAUGGUAAUAGUGUUGAUGCCGCAUUGAGUGGAUUGUAUAUCGACGAUGAUAUCAAUGACUUUGUACGAAUGAUUGAUAGCAAAUCGGAUUUGAAAUUAGGGAGAAGCAACACUGAUGAUUCUAUAAAGACGAAACCAAUAGUGGAAUCGAAUGAAAGUGGUGAUGCAAAUGUUUUACGCAAAUAUCAACUGUUGAAGGGCAAACACCAGCAAUUAAGUGACAAUGUUAAUGCAAGCGUCGUACUACAAUCAAGACAAAGUAGUCGCAAGAGUUCAUUAAACUCGCCUCCCGGUUCAUUUGAUCAGUCCCAAUUGAUUGUGUCGUCUUUACAAUCUAAAUUAAGAGAGAAUUCACCGAGAGCCACUAGUAUUGAACCUAAUAGGCCAUUAAUCACUUCACGCAUAAAUUCUUCUAAUGCAGCAGCUCCGGCAGCCACUGCAACCAUCACCAAUGCUGAUGCAAGUAAUCAAGAACCAACCAGCAACACAAAGCUUUCAUCUAUCCAUUGUUCAUCAUCGCACAGUGUCAAUAGCAGUACAGGUGGGAAUACCAAUAGUGUUUUGCCCUCGAUCAAGAGUAAGCCCACCACUGUUGUCACUGGAAUGGCGACUAGUCCCUCCAUCUACGACUACAGAUCAUCGCUUAAAGCUAACGACAGGUCUAUUAUUAAUGAGGAAGAUGCUAUUCGGAGGAAGAAGAUGAGUGGAAAGAAAGAGGAUUGUGAAGAUGAUGAUGACUUGUUGUUUACCAUGAGUGAUAUGAACUUGAAGUAG